CUUCCUUCACACAAUCCAUUUACUUGUUCCGAGUUAGAAACAUUGAUAUUUUGUGAACAUGGCUUCGAAUGGAGAGCUUUUAAGUAGCCUUCUAAGUGACCAAGCCAUGGUUUCUCCGGCCAUUGUGUCCUUAUUGCAUGCAUGGCAGCUAACUGGAAUGGCCAAGCAUGUUGGGAGUUUGCGUCAAAAAUACAAGAUCUCACCUCCAGUUACAAGUGGACGUGACCCUGCUUUCGACAGAGGCUUCAGAGCUCAGCAGAACACUUUGGAAUUCACACCAAUCUUCCUGAUACUUUUGUGGGUUGCUGCCAAGUUUUUGAACCCAGUUCUAGCGAGUGUAGCUGGUCUUCUGUACAUCAAGGGACGCUGGUACUACUUUGACGGAUAUUGCGCACAGGCAGAGAAAAGGUUGCCUGGUUUUUACUCGGCGGUGCGUGCCAUCAUGGUAUUGUUUGGGCUUAGUGUUGCUGGUAUAAUCCACACUACUCUGUCGGUGUACUUCAACAUCAAUGUGAUUAAGAUCGUAGGAUUGGAAAAUUACAUCCCUUAGACUGCCCAUCGUCAAUCGUCAACUCGGUCUCAAUAUGAAAUUACUGUAGUUUAUUUUACUGCAAGAGGGCACUUUCAACGACGAAAUUCCUUGAUCAUUACAGUUUAAAAUUAACUUUGUGUGACAUGUAUUGUUUUCUUGAACUCGAGCCAAAAUAAAUAAUAUUAUUCACACUAAUAAUAGUAAUAAUAACUAGACAUCAGGUGUUUGGGCUUAGGACUAAUGAUUUCUUUUGUCGAAUUAAAAUUACUAAAACAAAUGACCACAAUUAGUGUAGAAGUAGGCUUAAUGACAUCAUAUGUUAGAGCGCUCUUUUUGAAAUUUUAUGCUUGAGAAAAAGUUACAGAUAAUGUAUUUUAAAAGUAAACUUAGUCAUCAAAAAAUGAUUUUUACUUUGAUACUGAGUUGAUAUUAUGUACAACACGUCAUUUCUCCUAAAAUAUUGAAGACAAAUUCAUAAUCUUUUGGUUGAAGGAUACAAAUUUGACAUUUUAAUGUAUUCAUAAAAGUGUCUUUCAGGCUUUAUAUUUCUAGAUUUAUU